AUGGGCGCCGCCUCGGGAGAGGGCCUGAGCCGCCCCUCGGAGAGAGGGCCUGGGACGCCGCCCCUCGGGGAGAGGGCCUGGGACGCCGCCCUCGGAGAGAGGCCUGGGACGCCCGGCCCUCGGAGAGAGGGCCUGGGACCUCCCCUCGGAGAGAGGGCCUGGGACGCUGAGAGGGCCUGGGGGCCGCCCCUCGGGAGAGAGACGCCGCCCCUCGAGGGCCUGGGACCCGCCCCUCGCGCGCCCUCGGAGAGGGCCUGGGGACGCCGCCCCUCGGAGAGAGGGCCUGGGACGCCCCCUGGGCUCCGGAGAGGGCCUGGAGACGCCGCCCCUCGGAGAGAGGGCCUGGGACGCCUCCCCUCGGAGAGAGGGCCUGGGACGCCGCCCCUCGGAGAGAGGGCCUGGGACGCCUCCCCUCGGAGAGAGGGCCUGGGACGCCUCCCCUCGGAGAGAGGGCCUGGGACGCGCCCCGGAGAGGGCCUGGGACGCCUCCCUCGAAGAGGGCCUGGGACGCCGCCCUCGGAGAGGGCCUGGACGCCUCCCCUCGGAGAGAGGGCCUGGACGCCGCCCUCGGAGAGAGGGCCUGGGACGCCUGCAGAGAGCUUCUUCAUUUCUGUUCACGGAGUAGCUCACUCCCCCAGUCAUGAAGAGAAACACGCCCUUUUCGUCAAGGUGCAGAGCUGGCUCCCAAGAGAGGACGAAGGAGGCUUCACCCUUCGGCCAGGGGAUCCGGCCCUGCGCCACGCACUCUGCGGACAUCGCCUGCCUCCGUGCGGGCCGCGGGCAGCGUCCGUGGCUGGCUCGCGGCGCCAGGAGCAGCGUUCGCGUCCCCCGCCGGGCGGCGACGGCCAUGGAGGAAGCGAGCAUACAGGGAGACCAGGAGGCUUCUGCAAUUGA